GGAUAUUUUAUUAAUUACCUCAAAAAAAAUUGGUAAACUUUUUCAUUGCGUACAACAAUAUACCUGCAUAUAAAGAACUCCAUAGACAAAACAUUACUUUAGGAGUCAAUGUAUCAAUUACCAUUUGGGCGCAUUGAUCUUUUUAUUGGUCCAAUGUUCUCUGGUAAGACCACAAUGCUUAUGCAGCGCAUUAAGCGCGAGAUGCUUGCGAGGAGAACUUGCUGCGUCGUCAAAUACGCCCAAGAAACCCGUUAUGAUCUGAAAAAUGUUGCAACGCAUGAUCAAAUCAAGCUCCGUGCGCAUGUAGCUGCUACGCGCCUGAGCGAUCUAGGCGAAUUCUGGAAGUUAUACGACGUCAUCGCGAUAGACGAAGGACAAUUUUUCCCUGACAUCGUCCCUUUCUGCAACAACGCGGCAGAUGCUGGUAAGACGGUUUUGGUAUCCGCUCUGGAUUCGGACUACCGUCGUGAACCCUUUGGGCAAGUGUGUAAUCUGAUCCCCGUCUCUGAGUCCGUCACGAAGCUGUCCUCAGUGUGCAUGAUGUGCCACACAUGUCCAGGCUCUUUCACACGACGCACUGUGGAAACGGAAGGGCAGGUGCUCUUGGGCGGAAUUGAAAUGUACAUCACAACCUGCCGCAAAUGUUAUAACCUGAAAAUCGGGCCGUCGAAGGAAGCCAUGGAGAAAGUGUAUCAAUCGAUCCGCAAAGUGCAAGAUGAGUGCAUGAUCCCUACAACAAGCUCCUUUCGAUGCUCAACACACCCAUCGCGCGAAGACCAAGAAUCCUUCGCUGAAACGGGUUCUUCUUUAGAGCAUGUGGGGUUAAACACCCCUAGCCCAAUAAAAGACACCACUGAUAUGGAAAUGCCGACCUAUGAAGCUAAGGUGGAACGUAAAAAAACGGAGUCGGAUUUUCAAGAAAAAAUGCCUCCCUUAUAA